AUGCCGCGAAGUCAGGGUGGGCUGCUGGAAAAGCAGUCUGCUCCAGAGGCAGCCAAAGAUGCCCCUUGCCAGUGCGGUGGUCGUUUCACAGGGCUCCUGUCGCUGCAGAGGCACAGGGAAGGCUGUGCACUGUGCAUGGCAAUCGCCCGGGGGCUCUCCACCUUCGGGGUGCCCCACCGGCCGGGGGAAAGUGGACGCCCAGCCUCACCGCGCGAGGCGGGCCGUGGGGAGGGGUGUGGGGAGAGCUCUGGGGCUGGGGAGCCCCUGGAGCGGGGGGAGGGGGGUGGGAACUACGUCCUGGUGAUGGUGGAUCCAGAUGCCCCCAGCAGGCGCAACCCCAAAGCGAGAUUCUGGAGGCACUGGAUGGUGGCAGACAUCAAGGGCAGCAACAUAAAGAAAGGAAAGAUCCAGGGCCGGGAGUUAACAGCCUACCGCCCUCCCACCCCACCAGCAGCCACGGGCUUCCAUCGCUACCAGUUCUUUCUCUAUCCUCAAGGAGAAAAGAUCAUCUCUCUCCUUCCCAAAGAAAACAAAACUAGAGGCUCUUGGAAAAUGGACAGCUUUCUGACCCGCUAUCAGCUGAAUGAGCCUGCAGCAAGCACCCAGUUCAUGACCAAGAAUGCUCAGGACCCAAAAUAAGAGGAGACAUCAUGGAGUCCAAGUCCAAGGACAAGCAGAGAUAACUGUUGGGGAGAUGAUGGGCCUCACCUUCCAGGUGUGUGUCCACAUCACCCAUCAGUCCGGAGAGGGAACACCCUCUGGGUAUGAACCCCUUCUCUUCCAAAUUAAAAUC